CGGUGAUGGAGUGAUAACACCAUGGAGCGUUACGAUUAUUUAUCACUGAUCUCACCGGAUAUACAGAUGAUCCGGUACAUGGGCUUUUGGUCUGGUGAUGAGCCUAAUUCUGGGUGCUCCAAAAUCUGGUACAAAAUCUACAGAUCCAUAAUAUUGAUCUGCCUGGUAAUGUUGUUGUGUCUUGGAUGGGCUUACAUUCCAACACACUGGGACCAUAUUACACUAGGUGAAGUUUCAACGAUCAUAUGCAUCUACGGUAUGAAUAUUGGAAAUCUCAGUCAGGUGUACUUCAUCAUAAAAAAUGGCAAAAUUUUCCGCAACAUUAUGAACUGCUUGGAGUCAGACCGAUUCCAACCAAAGAAUUUUCACCAAUUGGAGAUCGCCGAAGUAAGCAAAAAUGCAGGAUGCAGAAUAAGGAAGAUAUUUAGCAUCAUCAAUUACGGUGGAUGCAUGAUUUGGCCCCUGCCAGUGAUUCUGGGCCAAGAAGAACUUCUUAGCAUCUCCUAUGUGCCUCCUUGGUGUCCAACUAAAGUAUUAUGCAUAUUCCAAAUAGUUUGCUUGUCUUUUUACGCCGCUGUGAUGUUGAUGAUUGUCUCACUGAACUGCAACUUACUGUUAGAAAUUGGAAUACAAGUUGAUAUUCUGAAAGACCAGAUAGCUCGGUCCAAAGGAGAGAAAAAUGCUAUAGUCGAGUGCAUUCAACAUUCUGGAGAUCUCGCAUUGCUUUUGGAACAAGUUCAGUAUAUACAAGGAUUUUCAUUGUUCUUCUACUUCGGAACACAAGUUUUCAUCAUAUGUACAUUGACAUUCAGCAUAACUGAUCAGAUGAAUCCAGAGGAAAUGGCCUUUAAGCUUGCAUACAUGACCUCUGUGAUAUACAUGGUAUAUGUUAUGUGCUGGUAUGGAAGUGAUGUGGCGCAAAAGGUAACUUCAAUGCACUCAGAGUUCAAGCACAACUUUAACACAAGCUAUAUUCCACAGUGACUGGGUUGGUAUUGAUGUGAAGACACAGAAGAUCAUCAUAUUCUUCAUGCACAUGUCAAAUACCCCAUUGCAGAUCCCAAUAGGUGGAGGACUGUGCAACCUUUCUAUACCAGUAUUUGUAUCGGUAAUCACUACAGUAUACAGGGUGUUCCAGAGUAACGUAUCAAUAUCUCGUAUGUAUAUAUAGCACAGAAGAAUAAUUCCGCAAGUUUCUAUAAAAAAUGCAAUAUUUCUGAAAUGCCAUAAGCAGCACGAGUAUAGUGGUUCCAGUGCCCUUAAUAAAACUGUUUUUCUUAGAAAUUGAUCCACCUUGAAGGUAUCACACAAGAGUAUAUUUUUUCAACUUAAAGAUCAGGCUUACAAAAAAUGUUGUCAUGAUGCAGAAUGCAAAAAAAUAGCAAUCUUUCGUUGGAGCUAGUCCAUCUCUGGUGAUAUAAACGAGUUGACUCUUUUCUAAGAACACUAACAUGUGAAGCCCCGAUUAGAUAUUAAGGUGU